AUGUCAACAAUAACAACUCUUAUUCUUGUUCAACAAUAUAUUACUCGUUAUGUUUUAUCAACAGCUCUUAUAUUAGGUAGUGUUGGAAACUUUAUUACAAUAAUUAUCUUUUCACAGAAAAAACAUCGAACAAAUUCAUGCUCUAUUUAUUUAGUAGCAGUAUCUAUAUUUGGUUUAAUGACAGCUAAUUUAGGUAUUGCUCCACUCGUAUAUGGACUUGAUCAUUUCAAUGCGCUAAACUCUUCAUUAGCAUUAUGUCGUAUUCGUGGAUAUACCAUACAAGUUACUGCUAUGUGUUUUCGUUCUACACUUAUCUUGAUGUGUGUUGAUCGAUAUGCAUUAUGCAAUUCCCGUGCUGCAAUUCGAGCUCUUUGUCGACCACAAAUUGCAUAUCGAUCGAUUGGAAUUGUGAUCAUCGUUUGGAUGAUCGCCUCUUUUCAUCUACUUAUUUGGGAAAGUAUUGAAAAUAAUCUUUGUUAUCUUUAUGGGCUUUAUGGACAAAUAAUUGGUUUUUAUACUUUAAUAUUUACUGGUACAAUACCAAUUCUAAGUAUGAUUUUAAUUAAUAUAUUGAUAUUGAAAGCUUUACGACAAUUGCGUACUCGUAUUCAACCAAUUAAUAACACUAGACAAAUAAGACAACGAGAUAUUCAAUUCAUGAAACUUAUGAUGGUUGAAGUAAUUGUUUUUAUAAUAUGUACAACUACACAUCCAUUAAUGUUUCUCUAUACAAAUAUAUCGAAUAGUAUUAUUUUAAAUAAAACUAAUGAACGAAAACAAAUCGAAACAUUUCUUAGUUUUAUUACAAUGUCAGUACUUUUAUAUAUGAAUUAUAAUACGAUGUUUUUUGUUCAUAGUUUUACAUCGAAAACAUAUCGAAUGGAAAUUAAAGAAUUUAUAUUAAAAAUAGUUAGAAAAUCGAGAGAAAUUACACAAAGUCAAGCCAAUUCAAUACAAAAUGUGAACUAA